CGCAGGCGCGCGGGCCCUCUUCCGCAGCUGCCGCCAAGGUGCUCGGUCCUUCCGAGGAAGCUAAGGCCGCGUUGGGGUGACCCUCACUUCAUCCGGCGACUAGCACCGCGCCAUGGCCUCGGUCUCAGAGCUCGCCUGCAUCUACUCGGCGCUCAUCCUGCACGACGAUGAGGUCACCGUGACGGAGGACAAGAUCAACGCCCUCAUCAAGGCGGCCGGCGUCAACGUGGAGCCCUUCUGGCCCGGCCUGUUCGCCAAGGCCCUGGCCAAUGUCAACAUUGGAAGUCUGAUCUGCAACGUCGGGGCUGGUGGGCCUGCCCCAGCAGCAGGUGCUGCCCCUGCAGGUGGCUCUGCCCCCUCCGCCGCUGCUGCACCAGCCGAGGAGAAGAAAGUGGAAGCAAAGAAGGAGGAAUCUGAGGAAUCUGACGAUGACAUGGGUUUUGGUCUCUUUGACUAGACCUUUUGUAAUAUGUUAAAUAAAAAGCUGAACUGUU